AUGACCACUAUUCGUCAGAGAAUCGAUACCCAGCAUCGCGAUGCGAUUCACGACGCUCAGCUGAAUAUCUAUGGAAACCGGCUGGCCACAUGUGGAUCCGAUCGAUUGGUCAAAAUUUUCGAGGUCCGCCCAAACGGUCAAUCCUACCCACUAAUCGAACUUUCUGGACACAAUGGACCCGUUUGGAAGGUGUCAUGGGCCCAUCCGAAGUACGGUGGACUCCUGGCGUCGGCCUCUUAUGAUAAAAAAGUGAUAAUCUGGCAAGAAGUGAACGGUCGCUGGCAGAAGACGUACGAAUGGGAGACGCACGAGGCGUCCGUCACCUCCGUCGCCUUUGCUCCCCACCAAUUCGGCCUCAUGCUGGCCUCAUCGUCGGCUGAUGGGACCAUUGGAAUUCUGAGAUUCGACGCACAGACCCAGCAGUGGCAAUCGUCGCGAAUCCAGAAUUGUCACGAUCAGGGCGUGAAUUCGGUGUCAUGGGCGCCAGGAACAGCUGAUCCGGCAGGCAAGAAACGAUUUGUGUCGGCUGGAAACGAUAAAUUGGUCAAGAUUUGGUUGUUAAACGAGGAGCUGAACGAGUGGACGUGCGAGAAAGCUAUCCACUGCCACAAGGAUUUCGUUCGUGAGGCGGCGUGGUGUCCGGUGACCAACAAGGGACAACACUCGAUCGUCAGCUGUGGUCUCGACGGGAACCUCGUGCUCUACCGUAUCGCGGACAUCGAAACGGCCGAAUGGAAGUCGAAAUUGUUGGAACAGGCUCCGUGUGCACUCUAUCACGCCUCGUUUUCCCCGUGCGGAUCGUUUUUGUCGGUUUCUGGAGAUGAUAAUAUGAUCACCCUGUGGCGAGAGAAUCUGCAAGGACAAUGGAUCAAGAUUCCACGCGAGAACAAGGAACGCGAGGGAAUGGGACAGCAGAGAUAA